AUGUCCUGGCUAUUGAAACCAGAACCCGAUGUUGAAGUGCAAUUUCAACAAUCAUCAGUUGUAUUAAUUAAUGACAUAAUUGUAUCAGACAAGUAUAAAAUAUCAACAACAAAAACACAUCUUCUAAAAAAUAAACUAAGUGUAUCUUCUGAAAUUAUUUUAAAAGUAGCACAAGAAACAAUUGGUCAGUCCAAAAACAUUAAAUGGAUUACAUAUAAAAAGCACAGACUUACUUCAAGUAUGUAUGGAAAUAUACUUGCAGCGUGCUAUAAGAAGAAAUAUAAUCCAUCACUAUUUAAAUCAUUGAACAAUGAUUAUAUCACUACUGGUGUGCGUGCUAUUGAGUGGGGACUUAAUAAUAAAGAUGCAGCAUUAAGUUUUCUCCAGAAAACGGAAAAUGUGGUCAUUCAAAAAACUGGAUACUGGAUUAUGGUUACAUAA